UGUGUGACGAAGCCGGUGACGCCACUUCCCGUUCCUUGCUGAAUGUUUGGCUGCCGUGUCAACAACCAGGAAACGAGAUGUGCUAAUGCUAAAUGCGAACAGCCUACUGCUAGCCUGGCGCUAUGAAAACAUACACAAUUAGAGGAGAGCUACGCGAAUUAUUCUAGAUUGACAGCAAUACGCUAUUAAACAGCUGCCCAUCGUAGUGAGUUAGACGGAUUAGAAUCGCUAAACGUUGCCUGUCGUAUUGUGGAGACCCGGACAUCUGGUUCGUCCAUCCGUAGCGUUAGCAGAGGGAGCUUUGCGGUGUUCUUUCUGGGGAUGGCUGCGGCGCGCAGAGCUGGUGUCGGGGCUGCAUUUCUACUCCUGUUUCUUUUGGUCGGGUGCAAGGCAAGGAUACACAAACUCACCCUGAAGAAUGAAACUCGCUUUUUCGUCCACCUCAACACUUUUGGCUUUUACGCUCAUGGGACUCUGGACGUCAACCUGCGGUCUCUGCGCCUCCCACAGCAACAAGUCGACUACAGCGUCUUCCCUGUUGGAUUCAGCCUCUCCAGGUCCCGAGUGAGUGGAGUCUUGUCUUACACAGCUGAAGAGACAGAGACAUGCCCCCUCACGCUCACUAAAGUGACCAACAAUGAACCCCUCAUCCUCUUUCUUGUUGAUAUCCACAACCGCAGUGUCAACGUGCGUGUCCUCGGAGACCAAGACAACGUUUUGACUGCCAAACUGAAGAACGAUGUGCAGACCAAAGUGAAAGGCAGGCUCCCCCUUUCCCCUUCACCCAUGCAGUCGCUGCAUGGUCAGAGGUCAAGCAGGGAGGCUCCUGCCAACACUCCUGCUAAGCCUAUCGAGCCUUCAAAAGAUGGAGAUAAAACAUCUGGAAAACUUCCAGAUGAGUCAAAGGCAAAAACAGACGGCGAGCUUGUGGAUCAGACAAAGCAGGAUCAGACGAAGGAGGAUCAGAUGGCAGGAAAUACGCUUUCCGAAUUCCAGCUCAACAAGACCAAACAGCUGAUGUUGGCUUUGGAGAAAGUUAACGACACCUACAACUUCAACUUCCACCUGCUGGUGGGCUUGCUGGCUGAAGGCUUGUACAACUUGAACUUCUACUACUGUCAGAACAUGGAGCCUGGCGUAGACCUGUCCUACUCCUUCACUCUGGAAGUGACUGAGAAGAAUCCUGGAGGCUUCCUGUCGGCGGCUGAAAUCCCACUUCCUCGACUCUACAUUGGCAUGGCUGGAGUUUUCUUCGCCGCUGCCAUGGUGUGGGUUUACACGCUCAUGAAGCACAGGUACAGCGUGUUUAAGAUCCACUGGCUGAUGGCGGCGCUGGCCUUCACCAAGUCCACUUCUUUGGUUUUCCACAGCAUCAACUAUCACUUCAUCAACACGGAGGGGCAUCCCAUCGAGGGCUGGGCUGUCAUGUAUUACAUCACACACCUGCUCAAGGGGGCGCUCCUGUUCAUCACACUGGCACUGAUUGGCACCGGCUGGGCCUUUGUCAAAUACAUCUUGUCGGACAAGGAGAAGAAGAUCUUCAUGAUUGUCAUUCCCCUGCAGGUCCUGGCCAACGUGGCCUACAUCAUCAUUGAGUCCACGGAGGAAGGCUCCAGCGAAUACCCUCUGUGGAAGGAGAUUCUCUUUCUUGUCGACCUCAUCUGCUGUGGCGCCAUCUUGUUCCCUGUUGUCUGGUCCAUCCGUCAUCUCCAAGAGGCUUCCAGCACCGAUGGAAAAGCUGCCAUGAAUUUGGAGAAGCUCAAGCUCUUCCGCCACUACUAUGUCAUGAUCGUGUGUUACAUCUACUUCACAAGGAUCAUCGCCAUCCUGCUCAAGGUCACCAUGCCCUUCCAGUGGCAGUGGUUCUACGAGUUCCUGGUGGAAGUGUCCACACUGAUCUUUUUUGUCUUGACGGGAUACAAAUUCCGACCUGCUUCCAACAACCCGUACCUCCAACUGCCCCAGCAUGAGGAAGAUGAAGAAAUGGAUGAAAUAGUGACUGAGUCGGGUGCACUGGAAGGCAUUUCCAAAGUCAAGAAGACGUCCAAUGGACGCGAGCGCCAGAAGGAAGCCACCUUGUGAGCAUGGGCAGAGCUUCAUUUGCGGAGGAUAUGGACCCAAUAAGGCCUUCCACCCAUGGCCACUGCCUCCUUUUUUUCUUUCUUUUUUGAAAUGUGCAGUGGUUUAUCGUGGUCCUUCCCACCCACUGCCUGCCUAUGCAAACAGACUUUUUUGUGUCUUUGGAAAACAUGUGCCCGACAAUAGACGGGUGGACUGACAAAUGAGAGGUUCUCCAAAGAUCAUUUUAGCUUUUUCGGGUGUGCGUUUCUAUUUAACACGGUUCUUGCAUUGACCUUCCUCAUAUUUCUGCGCGUGCUGGGAUGGGCGUGCAGGUCCAAUUUAUCACUAGAACAUGCUCAGGUUCUCGCUCCCUUCCCCCGGCCAAUCAAAAUGCAGGCAACAUUCAGGGCUCUACUGAUUGGUCGAGGCUGCACAGUCCUCGAUAGUUUUCUGAUGGAAAUGUUUGAGGUUGUAAAUUUCACUACAUUUACUUAUUGGUCCAUUUCAGUAUUGUUGAUGUUGGAAUGCCCAUCACCGCCGCUGUACCUUCGCGCUUUGCUUGCUGAGGUCACUCAAGAUCAGCUGACCAAACCACCUUUUUUUUUUUUUUUUUUUGGAGUCGCUGUACCACUCUUGACAAAUGAUCUAACAGAUAAUUGCUUUUGUCAGCUUUUUUUAGCAUUCUACUUUGGAUGUGAUGCCUAUUUUAUUAUUAUUGACAAGUUUAUUGGUAUUGAAAGGUCAGAAGACUGUAAAUAAUAUUGAUCUCCCCCUCCCCCACCACCAAAAAAAAAACAAAAAACACUGAUGUACUGUGUUCAGUUUUUUUGGAAUAAUGUGAGUGCAAAGUCAAAGUGAGAAUGAUACUACUGAGGUAUGACGACACACACACACACACACACACACACACACUCCCCUAUUCACGUGUGUUGCCUUCCUGUGACGAUACAAGUGUAGGUUAACUGCAGCUUAAACUUCACUGAGGGUUUUUUCCAUGUAUGUGACUUUACUUAUAAUAAAGCUGGUGUUAUGGUG